AAAGCAAUAAGCUCUCGUCUGCUUUUGAGUUUCCGGCAACCGGAAAAAGAAAUCCGGCUGGAAUGGCGAGGAUACACCCGAACGCCUCCUCCGCCGAGGGCUCCCUGAUGUCAGAGUUCUCCGGCGGAUGCUGCUGUGGCGGUGAAGCGCCGGAGACGGUGGUGCUGACGGUCUGGCGGAAGUCUUUGCUCUUCAACGGGAACGGGUUCACGGUCUUCGACGCGAAAGGCAACCUCGUCUUCCGAGUCGAUAACUACACGUCGGGAAGCAAGAGGGAGAUCAUCCUCAUGGACGCCGCCGGCAAGCCGCUUCUUACCAUCCGGCGAAAGCGGCUGAGCCUGGGCGACCACUGGCUGAUCUACGACGGGGAGGAGGCGGCGAACCCGCGGUUCUCGGCGCGGAAGCACGUGAAUCUCCUCCACUCCAAGGCGCUGGCGCACGUGACCUCGUGCCGUGGCGGCGCCAAGGGCUGCGUCGCGGCCCACUACGAGAUCGAGGGGUCCUACUCGCAGCGAUGCUGCGUGGUCUACGACGAGGAGAGGCAGCGACUGGCGGAGAUAAGGCGGAAGGAGGCCGUCGGAGGCGUCGCAUUUGGCGUCGAUGUCUUCCGCCUCAUCGUCGAGCCGGGCUUCGACGCCUCCGUCGCCAUGGCCAUUGUCAUCCUUCUCGAACAAAUGUUCGGCUCUCGAGGCUCGCUGCUCAAAGGCUGGUGACCGUUUUGGUGUCGAACCGUUUCGUAGCCGCACUUUAGCAUCGUUGGAUGAGCUUUUAGAAAAGAAAAAUUAAAAAAAAUUAAAAAAAAAAUUAUUGAGAAGAAAAAAUUAUUACUUGGAUCAGAUUUACCGUGGAUCCUUAAUAAUUUAUUAAUUGGAAAGAAAGAAAGAGGAUUAAAUACAUCAGUGCACGUUUUGGUAUUUUUUUUUUUUUUUUUGCAUUUCAUGUGUGCAACAAUACACACUACGGUACGUUUAAUCCUCUCUCUCUCUUUCUAAUUAAUAAAAUAUUUAUGCUCUACGAUGAAUUUGAUUCAAUCAAUAACUUUUUAAUGAUGAAAAAAAAAAUGAAGAAGAAAUAUUCUCACUGGCUUUGGUGUUGCAUGGGUUUGGCAUGGAAGUAGUAUCGGAAAAUUUGACUUGUUGUUGUUAAUGAACCGAGAACUGAUGAAGGACGAUAAUGAGUAGUUCUAAGAUGAAAAUAAUUGGGUUUCUCCUUGUUAAGCACAGCAUGGUUCUCUUUUUAAUUUCAUCUGUCCAUUUUCUGAAAACUAUAAAAAUUAUGCUUCUCUUCACUCGAAAGAAAGGGCAAGCACAACAUGCAAGGUUAAUAGGUCGAGAAAAAGAAUUUUGUUGCUUUUCUUGUUGUCUCUCUUCUAUUAAUAAUGAACAAUUCGGAUGGAGUUUUUCUA